AUGGCUGAUCAUAACACAAGAAAAUAUAUGGAUAAUUUGAAUAAUAAGAAACUAUCUCCUUCAUCAGCAAUUAAUCAAGUUACUGUUUCAUCUCGUCAUCCGAGUAUGCGAUCAACAAGUGCUUCUAAUUCUUCAAAAUCUCGUGUUCAUCAACAUUCAUCUAUUCAAAUGGAACCUGGUAUUCAAGCUUUAUUAGCUGCCGAAGGUCAAGCUGCUGAGAUGAUUGCCCGAGCACGUACAAAUCGAAAUAAAUUAAUGCGACAAUGUAAUCGAGAGAGUCAUAUUGAAAUAGAAACAUUUCGACGAGAACGUGAAACACAAUAUAAAAGAAAAUUAUAUGAAGCAACACAACUCGAACAAUUUCAAGAAAAACUUGAUUUCGAAAGAUUUCAUUUAUUAAAGCAAAUAAAAGAGAAUGUCAAAAAAGAACAAAAAUCACUUCUAAAAUAUAUUAUUCAUUGUAUUGUUGAUCAAAUUCCUGUUAAACCUCAUCCAAAUGCAAAACAUAUAUUAAAUUAUAGACUAUGA